UGUUUCUUUUAGGAGAUGACCCUGUUAGAAUUUUCACUCUUCUAAUCUUGUAUUCUACCUUUUCCUUUUUCCAUUGAAUGAAAUAAGCUUAGCUCAGUUUAGUUAGGCCAAAAUCGCAAGAGAUGAAAUCCAGUCAGGUGACACCAUUGUUUCCUCAAUGACAAUGGCUGAAGUCCCUCUUCCUACCCAUCUAUCUGCCAAAAGGCUACUAAAAGUCCUCAAAUCCCUGAAGAACACCAAGACUGCUCUCUCUCUGUUCGACUCAGCAACCAAUCAUCCAAACUACACUCACACUGCCAAUGUCUACCAUCACAUCCUCCGCCGUCUCACUGAUCCUAAUCUAGUCAAUCACAUUAUUAGAAUUGUUGAUUUAAUUCAAACUCACAAAUGUAGGUGCUCUGAAGAUAUUGCUCUAUCAGUUAUCAAGGCUUACACUAAGAAUUCCAUGGUUGAACAGGCACUGACUAUUUUUGAACGAAUGCCCCAAAUUUUCGGGUGUCAACCGGGUAUAAGAUCGUAUAACUCAAUGCUAAAUUGCUAUGCUCAAUCUAAUCAGUGGGAUAAGGCUGAGUCUUUCUUUAAUUAUUUUCAGACAUCUGGUAUCAAACCUGAUAUCAAAACUUAUAACAUUUUGAUAAAGAUUUCGUGUCGAAAAAGACAAUUUGCUAAAGCCAAUAAGCUUAUAAAUUGGAUGUGGAGUCAAGGAAUACAUCCCGACAAUUAUAGUUAUGGGACUCUAAUCUACGGACUUGUAGAAUGUGUCAAUUUAUCAGAUGCGCGUCAGGUGUUUGACGAAAUGUCUGAAAAAGGUCUUAGUCCUGAUGUGACUUGUUACAAUAUGCUGAUUGAUGGUUAUCUUAAAUCUGGCCUUGUUCAUGAAGCUAAAGGCAUAUUUUAUAAGUUAAUAACUGAUUCUGCUGUUUAUCCGAAUGUGGUGACCUACAAUGUUAUGAUCAACGGCUUGUGCAAAUGUGGUAAUGUUAGUGAGAGUUUGGAAUUCUGGCGUCGAAUGAGGGUAAAUGAGCGGAAGUUGGAUGUGUUUACUUGGAGUAGUUUAAUAGACGGACUAUGUAAGUCUGGUAAUGUUCACGAGGCUUCAAUGGUUUAUGUAACGAUGAUUGAAAGUGGGGUUAUACCGGAUACGGUUACGUGCAAUGUGAUGCUUAAUGGAUACUGUAAAGCUGGGAUGACUCAAGAAUCUUUCAAGUUAUGGGAGUUUAUGAGGAAAGAGGAUCUUUGUAGUAUCACUACUUUUAAUAUCUUCAUUAGGGGAUUGUUUGAAAAUGGGAAGGUGGAUGAAGCCCUAUCUAUAUGGGAAUUGCUUCCGAAUGGUAAUUGUAAUAGUGAUUCCACGACAUAUGGAAUCCUAAUUAAUGGGUUGUGUAUACAUGGACACUUGAACAAGGCAAUAUCAAUCUUGAAAAGGGUAGAGGACGAAGGUAAGGUGGAUUUUUAUGCCUAUGCACCAUUGAUUAAUGGACUGUGUAUCAGUGGGAGACUUAAUGAAGCUGUUAGUCUGCUAGAUUCCAUGGCUAGCCAUGGAUAUAGUUUGAAUUCCCAUGUUUUCAAUGCCUUAAUAAAUGGGUACAUCCGAGAAUCUAAAAUAGAGAAAGCCAUUACAAUGCUCAAAGAAAUGGUCAAUAAGGGUUGCUCGCCGACUCCUGUGACAUAUAAUAUCUUGAUAAAUGGUUUAUGCAAGUCAGAAAGAUUUGAAGAUGCAUAUAUACAUGUAAGAGAGAUGUUGGAGAAAGGUUUUCAGCUAGACGUAAUUUCAUACAGCUUGUUGAUAGAUGGUCUUUGUCGAAGUGGGAAGAUCAACAAGGCCCUUCAAUUGUGGUGUCAGAUUCUAAGAGAAGGUCUUAAGCCUGAUGUGAUCAUGCAUAAUAUCAUUAUUCAUGGACUUUUCUCUGCCGGAAGAGUAAACAAUGCAAUGCACAUAUUCUCAAAUAUGAGGCGCAUGGGCUGCAUGGCAAAUCUUGCUACCCACAAUACGCUAAUGAAGGGAUUCUAUAAAGCUGGUCACUGUGAAAUGGCCGCUGCAAUCUGGGCCUGCAUCCUGAAGAAAGGACUUCAUCCAGAUAUAAUUUCAUACAACAUUGUCUUGCAUGGACUUUGUUCUAGCUACAGUAAAUCAGAUUGCAUGGCGUUUUUACAUCAUGCUAUUAGCAGAGGAGUGGUCCCCUCUGUUGCUACAUGGAAUAUCCUUGUGAGAGCUGUUAUUAACUAUGGAAUUCUACUUUCUUGACCCUGGCUGUCUCGAGUAAAACUAGUUUCUUGACAAAUACUUGUGGUCUCUGUGAUAAAAAGAGUGGAGUUACAAGAUAGUGGAAAUUACACAAGGAUGGGAGAUCUUCAGGAAUUGAUACGACUUUCUACGGUGAGGUUUUAUUAUGAGAGUCGACCUCCCAGGCAAGGCUAAAGAAUUGUCUUUUAUGUACAGGAGGGUUGUUUCCUUAUUCUUGAUUUAUCUAAAUAUGUGCGCUUUUGGUUUUA